AUGAUUAAUGAUAUCGGUCAGACGGUCACCACUACAGUGACUGUUAUGUCAUAUGAUCAAGUAGGUGAGGGUGUAUACACUUCUGCUCCUGCUUACUCGCAGCCCCCAGACAGGCACAUCUACUAUCCAACUACCAUUUCCACUGUCCCUGUCGGAGGUGAAGCCGACUACACCACAACAGUCGACAGGGGCAAUGGCAGUACCGAAACUGAUGUCAUUUCGCAUAUCACCACUACCGACUCCAAUGGUAAUCCUACAACAAUAACCACCACGAUCACCAAUGCACCUGCACCUUCGAUUUCUAAAGCAAAUAUUGGGUCUGAUUACACCACCACUGUGGUUUCUAACGGUCACACGUUCACCGAGGUUGUAUCCCAUAGCACAGGUACUGAUGAGCACGGUCACACAAUUGUUUCUACAGUAACGCAAACCGUGGGUGGCCAGAGUCAUGGCAGCACUGUCUCAAGUGCAGCACCAGCCUCAACAGUAUCCGGUGCAGGAUCUAAUGCAUCUGGAGCAGCAGGUGUAGGUGGUAUUGUCAACUCUCAGAAACCUCAGUCAGGAAAUGUGGCUGGCCAAGGGUCUGGCAACGAAAAGCCAACACAAGCUGCUGGCACAGCCGGUGGUAGUCGCUCUGGAUCUGGAUCUGGCUCUGGCUCUGGGUCAGUGCACCAAUCGGCAGGCAAUAAUGUACCAUCUGGAUCUUUAUCUGUUCAGACUGCAAAUAAUACAGCAUCUGCAGUCAGUGGUAUUCAUGGUAGCCAAACACCACACUCUGUACCUUCACAAGCUCAACAACAAGGACAAGGACAAGGCCAAGGACAAGCACCAUCGUCACGUCAACAGGCUGCCACGACUGUUCUAUUAUCAUCUGGUUCCUCUGUUGACAACAUCGGCAGUGGAUUCAGCAGCACGCAAACAGCUUCUGUCCUACAGGGUAAGGGUGCUUCGAUUAGAGUUGCUUCUUCCAGUAUUGUAUUCUCAAUGAUUGCAGUAAUAGUUGUCG